UUAGCGCCACUGCGGACCCAACGGUGCUGGCAAGCCCCGGCCCCGUCGCCACGUCCCUGUGACCAGGGAGCGCGCUGCGUACGGCCAUUGGCCCGGCCGCUUGGCUGCUUCGAGUGCCGUGCGCACAUGCGUACUCUAAUUGGUUGAAUUGCGUCACUAGGUGCGAGUGAUUCCCCAGCAGACGAUAUACAGUUAGGAUAGGUAGGGAUAAUCGAGCAGUCCGUGGAGCACCAUUGAUGCAGAGGGGUGUGUGCUCGGGCGCAUCGACAGUUUCGCGCUUCCCGCCAAGCUGAUUUUUGGCGGGAAGAGCGAGAAAUGGCGGGCUCCGUCUUCUUGGCACGACGUUUGUUUUCGGUAACGCGUGAGGGGCUCUAUACCUGCGUUCCUCGGCGGAUGGCGCAUUGGUGUGUCACAGUUUCCCGCGCUCCUUCUGGACAAUGCGAAAGCCCAGUGGUGGUCUGCAGAGCAGAUAAAAUGGGCAGCCAUGACGCAGGAAAGCGUGAAGGUCGUGGUUCGGUGCAGGCCGAUGAAUGCCAAGGAACGGGAACAGAAGUGUCAGAACGUGGUUCGGAUCGACUGCGUGGCCGGCCAGUGUACGCUGACGAACCCGGCGGACCGGUCGGCCCCGGCCAAGACCUUCUGCUUCGAUGGGGCCUACGAUCCCAGCUCGACCACCGAGCAGAUAUACGACGACAUCGUCUACCCCAUCGUCGAGAGCGUGAGUGAGGGCUACAACGGCACCGUGUUCGCGUACGGCCAAACGGGAUGCGGCAAGUCGUUCUCCAUGCAAGGCACGCCGCGGGUGCCUCAGCAGAAGGGCAUCAUCCCGCGCUCCUUCGAACACGUGUUCGAGGCCAUCGCGGCGGCCGACUCGUCCAAGUACCUGGUGCACGCCUCCUACCUUGAGAUUUACAACGAGGACGUGCGGGACCUGCUGGCCGAGGACACGCGCAAAAGGCUGGACCUCAAGGAACAUCCGGACAAGGGCGUCUACGUGCCCGGCCUGUCUCUCGUGCCGGUGCACGACGUGGCAUCGUGCGAGUCGGUGAUGGAGCGUGGCUGGCGCAACCGCUCGGUGGGAGCGACGCUAAUGAACGCAGACUCGUCGCGUAGCCACUCCAUCUUCACCAUCCAUCUGGAGCAGAUGGAGCUCAACGCCCGCAACAACAUACGGACAGGGAAGCUCAAUCUCGUCGACCUGGCUGGCAGCGAGCGACAGACGAAGACAGGGGCGAGCGGGGAGCGCCUGCGCGAGGCGACCAAGAUCAACCUGUCGCUGUCGGCGCUGGGCAACGUCAUCUCGGCGCUGGUGGACGGCCGCAGCAAGCACAUCCCUUACCGGGACUCGAAGCUCACGCGGCUGCUGCAGGACUCCCUGGGCGGCAACACGCGCACCCUGAUGCUCGCCUGCAUCUCGCCGGCCGACGUCAACUACGACGAGACUCUGAGCACGCUCCGCUACGCCAGCCGCGCCAAGAACAUCCAGAACCGGCCGUGCGUCAACGAGGACCCCAAGGACGCGCUGCUGCGCGAGUACCGCCAGGAGUUGGAGCGACUCAAGCAACUGCUCUCCGGGGGAUCGUUCAUGGCGACGCCAUCCGACGCUACGCCGGGCGAGGCAGCCUCCUCCGCGACUCCCGAAGAACUGCCGGACAGCAACAGCGAAGUGGUAAACCAGCUUAAAAACGACUACGAGGCCCAGAUGACGGAGCUGCGCAACAAGUACCGCGAGGAACAGGAGAGCCGCGCCAAGCUUAUGAUGGACGUUGAGAAGAUGCGCAGCCAGUUCAAGAUACAAAUGCAGCAGGUCGAGCAGAGCCAGAGGGAGAAGGACGUAUCACAAGAGGUGAACAACAACCAUCUGAAGGUUGACGAGCAGGAGACGGAUCGCUGGGCCGAGCCAGUUGCAACUCCCGAGAAGCCCGAGAUUCGCGCACCCAACGCGUCGCCCUGCUUUGGAAACCAAGAGGAUCCAGCUAUCAUGGCCCAGAUGCAAGCAAGGGCUCUAGAAAGGCAUGUUCCCAGCUUUCCUGGAACUUUGUACUCUGCUGAAACACAAGCAACGACUCCGAGGCGAACUUUAUGCAGGCUGCUGCACUUUAUGCAGUGUGCCUGCUGCUUUCCGCGCAGGCUGCGCGAGUUGCAAGGGCGGAUGCUGGGCGGCGAGAAGAAGCACGACGUCGAGCUGAAGGCGAGGCGCGCCAAGCGGAAAAGCAUCGCCGAGAAGAGGAUCCGCGCAUUGGCAGAGGCCUUGGCCAAGGUCGACGAUGAAGAGCGCACUUUGCUGCCAGACUACGACGACAUCAACGCGGAGCUCAAGGUCAAGUCCUCGAUGAUCCGAAAGGCGAAGCGAAAGAUCCAAACACUGGAGCAGGAGGUGCGCGACCUCCAGCGGGAGUUCGAGACCGAGCGCACAGACUACCUGGAGACCAUCCGGCGGCAGGACCAGCAGCUGCGGCUCCUCUCGCAAAUACUGGACAAGGUGCAGCCGUGCAUCCGCCGAGACUCCAACUACGCCGACCUGGAGGCCGUCAAGGCGCAGAGCGUCUGGGACCAGGACGCGCAGCGCUGGAGGCUGCCCGAGCUCACUGUGCAGCAGACGAAACUGCCACCCGCGGCCGGAAUCCAGCCAGGAGCCAGGGUGACCCAGAAUACCGGUGACGCGCCGAGCCUGACCGCCAGCACGUUCGAUGCCAGCUCCCAGAGGAAUAGGCCGAGCUUUGGGAGUGACUUCGUGAACAGCAUCUUGAAGAAGCCACAUCGACAGGAAGAAUUGCUCAACGGCAUGCCAGAGGCGCCGAGCAACGGCGUCCGGGCAGCGGCGGCGUUCGGCGGCCUGGUGCGCGCCGGUCAGCUGGCCGCGAGGCUUCACCGGGGUGCUGCCGCCGAGAUUCGCGCCUCCCGUUCACUGCCCACGACGGGUGUCGGCAAACAGUAUGCCUGGGGUUUGACGGGCAGCGAGAGCGGGGAGGGCGCUCUCCAGCGCCGGCCGCUCCAGCUGGAGUCUCUCGACCUCGAUAACCUGCGCCGGCAGCCGCGCACGGCGGACAGACUGGCGGCCGCCGAGCUGCUCGAGUGGCCCACAUGACAAUGGCGUAGCCCGCCGCCGCCACCACCGCGGGAGCGACCGUUUGCGCGGCUGCCGCCCAUUGGGGCGGCCGAUGAAGUCGGCGUCGAAUAAGUGUCAGAAUCUAAAGUUGAAACCUAACUCUGAGUCGAUGACAGCCAUUCGAGAAGGGAAAAGCGGGGAAGUCAACAUGUUUGUCAACGACAAUGCUGAUGCUAGGUUAUGGUUAACAAAGCGCCUUGAGAAAGUUACGAGCGCCUAAACGGAAGGACGAAGAGUAGAAAGAAAUUUUCUGCGCCCUGUGUAGCCUGUUGUACUCUUAGUUUCUGUCUUCCGGUGCUGUGAAGCUUUUGACGUUUAAUUUUAGGAGACAAGGAGCACGGGAUACGACGCAAUGUACACCUGCGCUUGCAGGGGUGCAGGGUGACUAGUGCCCAGAGAGCUUCUACAUGGGACACUAUAACAAGAAUGAGCUUAAAACACGUGACUUGUGUUUUAUGUUUAAAUUGACGCGUAAGACACCUUCCAUAUGUUUGAGUGAAAUAUGCCUGCUGCCAUGUGACCACGUUCGUUCAAAUGAAAAGAAACUAAUGCAACUGAGUAAGGAGGUUAGUCCGGCGUCGGAUUAGCUACUAGAUCUCAAAAUAGUGCUGGUACUCUUCCUGAAUGGUUGCUACCAGGCUGAGUGAUUAGUUUGAUAAGCGCGAGCACGCAGCUUGCAGGAAUGAAGAAAUGGUUUGUUUUUGGUAUGUGGGACAAGGGAGGGCCGCACCAGGAGCACGCGAGUGAGACGCUUCUGUAUAAACGGCAGUCUGCCAUCCAUCUGCUGCGGACACGUGUCUUACGACGACCUGUUGGUGUCCCGCUACAGAAGCGACGUAGCACUGUUUCUCCCGUGCUCCUUUGUUCAGACAUUAUGGUGGCACAGAUGCGCAGACUUGCAAGUCAUGCCUGGUUUUAUUCUACCGAGCGCCAUUGUGGUAGCCUCCGUCAGACCUAACCCGAAUCAAUCGUGUCGUAUCUCUAGCGGCCUAAGUCUGAAAAUCGAUGGCUCUAAGUAUCAAACAUUGAAGGCCUCGGAAGGAAGUGCGUAAAGCUAACUGCAAGGCACCCCAACCAGAAAUCAUCAGGAUCCGCAAAAACAGAAUGAUGCUUAAGAGAUGUUUGGGUAAGCUUUGACGGAGGCUGUACACGUGAUUAAUUGUAAGCUCUGUGCACGCAUGUAUGCUGCCGUAAUUGCAUACGGUCGGCGGCUGCUUUUUUUUUUUGACGGUCUACUUCACGGCAAGUUCUUUGUUUGCUGAGCCAAGCCGGUACAGAGCUGUUACCUUUAGGUUAAACUUGUCUGCGCUUCUUUUACUCGCAGUAACCCUGCUGAAUGGAAACGAAGCUUCAAGGAAAUGCGGCCAAGAACGUUUGAGAGUUUCGAGUGGCCGCUGAAGUGGCUUACAAUGGAUUUGAAGUCGAAUUGUUUUGGUCUGCUGGAGAAUAUGCGACUGACAAUCGGCGGGAAAUUCUGACCAAUAUUACAUGUGCGAGUGCCUUGUUGCCGUGUUAAGCGUAUAACAAGGAUUUUAUCUUUUGGCAUCUUGCUGGCAGAUGCGUAGCAGUAGCUUAUUUCUUGGCCGUUUGUCCGGAGAGCCUGAACUGCUAGUUCGAGGCCCACAAAGCUCCUGCAGCUGAAAAUUUUUUGUUCAUAUGUUAGUUUUGUUCAGAAGUGCAUGGUCAAGUACUUGAGUAGUCGUUUUGAUCAGUCAUAUGUAAAUGUUUCAGCAUUCAAGCUAUAGUUCACUCUAUAAUGUCGUCAGCUUUGUUGAUUGUUGCUUUGCCUGGGCUGUGCGUGAGGCAGAGUGCAAAUUAGCCUCAUAUUUUAUCUACUUCUUCGUAAUCUCUUGAUGCAGGGUUUUUUCGUUGAUUGGUUUUCGCCCCAGGAAUUGAAUGACAAUGCUGACUAAGCAAACAAAGAGGCCCUGUUCUCUCGAACAAAGCGCCUACAAUGUUAGUGUCUAUAGCCCAAGUUGUGUAUUUGCUUGAUUACUGGUUUUAGGUGAUUGCUGUUGGAAGAUGGCAGUCUCAGGUAUUUACUGUUCAAUCACAUUUCUCGUUUUCUUAAAGUGCUUUACACCUAACGUCAUUUCCAUCACCCAUGUUUGCGGUAGUGAUACUAUCAUUAGGUAAAGUGCGAUAUUGAGACUUUCGCGAACAGUGCCUUCUUCGACUUGUAAGCCGACGUUUAUAAGCCAAUUGAAUGUGCUGCUAGUGCGUAGCCGCCCACUUGAAUGCUGGUAGCUCCUGAAGGAAACGAAUAGUUUAGUAUUUGCGUGCUCUCUAACACGGCUUUCUCUGUGCUCGACAUGUUCUGGUUGUACCAGUGACCGUACUGCCGUAGAACUCGGCAUCACGACGCACUGCUUGCCGUUGACUAUUGUCUGUCCCUAUAGGCAUGCCGCGCCUACAGAGGCAAGUUGUAACUACUGUGGCUGAGUGGCAGAAUUUGUCUCAUAGUUGAACUGAAUACGUUCGGUGCCCCCUGGCAUGCAAGACACUUAAGAUGCAGAAGUGUCGCUCUUUCUUGUGCAAAACCGAAUUUGAAGUUUAAAAUAGUAUAGAUAUAAUCCACUAGUUGACAGAAAACCUAGCAGUUGACGUUGAAGGCGUGUUACGAGCAACGGAGAAAUUUGAGCAGAUGAAAUCAGUUGUUUUUUACACAAGAGAAAAAAAAAUGAAACUGCCGAUACAAGACAGCCUUAAAGGGCAACAAACUCAAAGAAAUUAAUUCAUCAAAACAGAGUUGGGCGAGUUUGUGUGGUUCCAUAUUAACAAAAAUGUGCGCGAAAAGCGCCCGUGUUUGUCGUUUCUUCUUAUCUACGUCUCUUUCGCGCACUUUUUCGUUAAGAUCAAAGAAAUAACGUUUUCUCUGCUACAGAGCUUAUGACUGUGUGGUCACGUAACCUAAGUAUACUUUUAGACCCCUUAUGCUGCCUCGCAAGUUCAGUUGUGCAUUCAGGUUUUAUUCAGUGUAUAUUUAUGCCUGUGUGGCUCAUCACCCGCUGUGGUUGCUCAGUGGCUAUGGUGUUAGGCUGCUGAGCACGAGGUCGCGGGAUCGAAUCCCGGCGUCGGCGGCCGCAUUUCAAUGGGGGGCGAAAUGCGAAAACACCCGUGUACUUAGAUUUAGGUGCACGUUAAAGAACCCCAGGUGGUCGAAAUUUCCGGAGACCUCCACUACGGCGUGCCUCAUAAUCAGAAAGUGGUUUUGGCACGUAAAACCCCAUAAUUUUGUGUGGCUCAUCGAGACUCUUAACUGGAACGAGCGAAGUGGCCACCGAUGUUACGGCUACAAGCGGCAGCCCGACAAGAACUGUUCGAGAUGGCUGUUGUCCCAAUGCAGUUUGCGUGGCGUGCGUGUGACGCUCUUUUUUUUUUUUUUUCGCGUGGAAGGAACUUCACCGUCUUUGUGUCAGGCCUGCGCGGUCUGGUAAACGCGGAAGUCUCGCCAGGCACCAUCCGUCUCAAAAGGUCGCAGGUCACAACGCUCGUGGCUCCAGCAGCGGCGCCCGCGUUAAGGUUGCCAGCGCUCACCUCGGACCGAUUUCAGUGACGUCAUUUUCAGUGCGCGUUGUUGUGCUUAACGAGCUGCCGCGGACGCAGUGGAAAAAAUCUUUGCAAGCAUAUUUCUAGGUCACAUAUCUUCAAAUGUUCCACCGCAUUCGCAAGACUGCCGGUUUCUCCUGCCUUGUGCCAUUAUAGCAUGUGACGGAUGUUAGUUUUGAAUGUAUAUUUUUGCAACUAAACAAAAAAGAAUUGAUGAUGGGAUGGCUUUCGAAGCGUUAGAAAUGUUUUUAAAGUUUGUCUCCCAGUCUAGUUUUUGAUGCCAUGACUCACUCGUUUGGCAUCCGUUAUGUUAGUUUAACGCAUCACCGGCUUUCCUUCGCGCGCAUUACGUGAUUUCUCCUGCUACUUUUUGCCCAAUAACAGUACAACAUUUGGACUUCUUGCGUUUGCGAGAUUCCGAGUUGAUUCUAAUUAUAGCGUCAAAAUACCUAAAUUAUUGUGAUUUGUGUGUAUCCACAAAACUGGUGAAAAUUCGCCCGUAGCAUUUUUUUUUUUGGUUGAAGCAAGCGCUACGUUUCUCAUCUUCUUUAUGUUCGAAAGUUAAUUUUGCUGAGUCAUGUUAUUUUCGAAACAUUCUAGAAACCGCGAAAAAAAACGGAUCUGCUGUGGAAAAAGACAAAGAUGGGGAGUACGCCUAAAUGUACAUUUAAGUGUUUAAACGAGCGUGAUUUUCGCUCCCUGAGAGGGUCCCAAUAUAUAUACAUAUAUAUAGCUCAGAUGAGUAUUUAACAGCUGACAUAAUUGGUACCGUAUUCAGCAAUAAUUGCGUGGACCCCACCGGUGUUACUGUUUUCCUGUAACAUGCAUCGUUGAGAAACAUGGCGUUCGUGCUCAGUCACCAUCGCAUAUGCAGCGGGGACUACGUGUUACCGUGGAAAUAUCGCAAAUAGGGACCGAUAAGCGGUUAUAUCCCGGCUUUGUUAGUGCAUUGGCCUGCGAACAUUUAAUACGGAUGCGACGUGCUCUGCAUGACGGCAGCCGCUGUCGUUCAUUUCGUCCUUUGUUAAGCUCGCUGCGUGCAACACUUGCGACGCUCAGUUUGUGCUCGAAGAGCAUCGUUGAAACGACCCGCAUGGUGAUCCACUUGUGGUUUGCGGUGUAAGAGCACAAAUGUCUACAUAAUGGCACAAUGUGUUGAUGUGCCUGUUGAACACUUCAGAGACUACGUUUUGUUCGUUACGUAAGCACUAGUUAUAUAUAUAAAAAAAAAAGGUUUCAGGCACUUGUUUGAAAUGUCGGCAUUAGUACCCGAUUAUACUGUCUCGCUAUUUCAAAAGCUGUACCCGCCAGUGUCGGUUUGCACGUGCGCUCAAUAUUGUACUCCUGUUGACAGUUGGUGCAUCUCAUUACGGCUUGUAUCGUGGACAAAACUGAUCCGCGUAUAUCUACUUAUAAACAUUCCUUAGGAUGAAAGAUGUCGAAGUUGCUUGUGAGCUCUCAGAAAAUGGUUUCUUACAUAGCCUCCUAUAUUGCAGGCGUAACACCGCGCCUCUGAAGUACCUAUGUGCCAAAUCACAAUGUGUAGUCUUUGAGACAUAUGUCACCUGUUGUUUGAAAAAGCAUGAAUAUGUGCAAAAUGCUUCUUUCUUGACAAGAGAAUAAAUAGUUCUCUGGGA